AUGAGUAGCAAGCUUUGGGAAUUUUUCAUUCACGAUGAUGUGGAGAGCUUCCAGCGGUACCUGGCGAACGCCACGUUUGCGGGACUGCGAGCUUCAGGAGCAUCCGGAGCAGCGGCCGCUGCCACGACGGCGAAUUUGUCGACCAAGACUGGAAGUCCCGGGUCAAUGAUCGCCUCAUCCCCCAAUCCUAUGAAACAGAGAAAAGCCUCGGCCGCAUCACCAGGGACCUCCGCACCGGAUCGCCUGACCUUCGCGCGGGGCAGUGCGACCUUGUCGCGCGCUGAUGUAAAUGCUCGCGAUCACUUCGGCAGGACCCUGCUUCACCAUAUUGCCUCUUCGCCGAAACCGACGGCCUCUAGCUUUGCGCGCGCGCUGCUUGAAAUCCCGUUUCUAGAUAUUUAUGCCCAGGACUGGGAGAGUGGGUGGACGGCAUUGCACCGAGCACUGUACGCUGGAAAUGCCACCAUUGCUCGGGCCCUGAUGGGACGGGACACGCGGGAUAUGUCGGAUUUCAGCAAACUGGGGCACACAAGUCAGAUUGGAAGUCUGAUCAAGAUUAAAGACCGCGAGGGCUACAGUCCGUUCGAUGUCUAUGGAUCCACCAUUACAUCCCGCGAUAUCAAGCAGAUGAUCUCGUCGGUAAGAUGGCCUGGAUCCACAGUCCUCGAUUUGGAGGGCAGCGAUACUGCCUCGAAUUUCGGAUCGAAUAAUGGAGAAGAUGGUGAGGAUAGCGUAUACCCUGCACGAGGUGUUUUGAAACCGCGAACAGAUUUUUCUGCGGAUGAGGUCUUUACUCUCGGCAGCAAUAAGAAUCUAAAUCUGGGACUCGGAGACCAAGAUGAUCGACAGUUCCCGGAGCGGAUUGUGCUGAAGCGCCCCAAUCAUCUUCUCGACCGAUUCUAUCGUGAAUAUGAGCAGCACAUGGAGAAGUUGGGUCUGGGGGACCUCAUCGACCACAGCAACUCCAAUGAACUGCCCACUCUCAUCACGAACAAGCCAAUCAAGUUCCAAAAUGUGGUCAUGUCGAAAUUGCACACCGCCAUAAUCACGGAUGAUCCUGAGGCUAAUCUGUUUAUGUGCGGAUUCGGACCCGGUGGCCGUCUUGGAACUGGUGAUGAAUCUACGCGGUUCAGCUUUGUCUGUAUCGAGACAGGCGGGUUGGCAGGCAGGAAGGUCGUGUCUGUUGCCCUUGGCCAAGAUCACAGUCUGGCGAUCACUGAAUUUGGGGAAAUCUUCAGCUGGGGAAGCAAUAAAUAUGGCCAGCUUGGAUACAGUCUGCCCAGAACAAGCAACAAGAACGAUGUGCCUAUACAAUCAACUCCGCGACAAAUCUUCAAUCCCUUCAAGAAAGAAACAAUCAUUGGAGCCGCAACUUCUUCCAUCCACUCGGUUGUUUUCAGCAACUCGGGUCUCUAUACAUUUGGCAAGAACGAGGGCCAAUUAGGGUUGGUUGACUCAGACGCCCGGUCACUUGAAGUGCAGACCACACCGCGACGAGUCGGUGCUUCUCUAUUCAAGUGCCCUAUUCAGAUGGUAUCUGCCAUUGACCGUGCCACAGCUGUACUCCUGCAGAACCAUGAGGUCUGGGUCUUCUCACAGUAUGGCUAUUCAAAACUUUCGUUCCCGCUGGAGGCCAGUUCGAGGUUUAUACGGGAUAGUUUCAUGGCGACAAGAUACGACACAUCAGUGAAUCAUGUCGUGAAGCUUGCGUGUGGCGGAAACACAAUUUGUGCAUUGUCUAGUUCCGGGGAUGUCUUCACAGUUCAUGUCAACAAGUGUGAAGAUCCAUCGGCUCAGACAUCUACAACAAACCCUGCCAAGAUCCGCAACUCACUAGCCGCUCCUGAGAGAGCGUGGUCUGUCAAAAAGUCACAUAUGGCUGCCCGCGAUGUUGACGUCGGUCAAGACGGAUCGAUCAUCAUUUGCACUACCUCUGGAUCGGCCUGGAGAAAGGAGAAGCGAACGAAGAAUAAGGAAGGUGGCUCCAAGGACUACAAGUUCGCUCGAAUUCCGGGUUUGUCCAGGGCAGUGGCCGUACGCAGUAACGCAUUCGGAGCAUAUGCGGUGGCCCAGCGCGACUGUGACGUGACCAAAGAACAGAUUCAAAUUGAUCGAAGUACUCUUUGGGAUGAUCUCCUGGCCCUCUCCCCAUUCAUGACCCCUGGGCUUGAGGAUGUGGAGGCAGUCUUGGAGGGGGAUAUUACAGAUGAAGUAAUGCCGCUCUCUUCUGCAACUGCCAUCAAAAAAUCCAUGCUGCUCUCCUCGGACAUCGAGAGUCAAUAUCUGUCUGCUUGCUCCAAAGGAACGGUUUGGGUUACUAGCUCCCUCUGCGAUGCACGCAUUCCAGUCCACGAGUUCCUUCUAGCUGGUCGAAGUUCGAUUCUUCGGAAGGCGCUGCAAGAGUUCCGGGAGUCGUACUACGCUUCCGUGCCCAAUGUCCUUGAUAUUGAGUAUGGCAAAGAUGGAAUCACUCAAAUUCGACUCCUCGGUGUUGAUUUCCUGACGGUGAUGAAUGUGGUCUUCUUCUUGUACACUGAUGGUAUUCUCGACGUCUGGCAUCAGGCCAGGAGCUCUGCUCAAAAUGCGGCCCGGUACCGCCAAGUGCGCCUCGAGAUCAUGAAGGUCGCUACACAUCUUGGUCUGCCUACGCUGGAACGUGCCGCGAGACUAAUGGUUGAGCCCCAAAAGAGUCUGAAGACCGACAUGGCACAUGCGAUCAAUUGUCCUUCAUUUUUUGAUGAUGCCGACGUCGUUGUCGAAUUGAACGGUGACGCUGUCAAAGUACACAGCCAAGUGGUGUGUCAACGAUGCCCCUUCUUUGAUGCUUUGUUCUAUGGCCGCUCUGGUGGCGGCUGGGUCGCGUCGCGUCGAGCGAACCCUUCAGACAGAGUGCAUGUCGACCUCAAGCACAUAGAUCGGUCGACAUUCGACAUUGUCCUGCAGUAUUUGUAUACUGAUACUGAAGAGCAACUAUUCGACCAAGUUCGGACCCAGACCCUCGAUGAUCUUAUCGACUUGCUUCUGGAUGUCAUGUACGUGGCCAACGAGUUGAUGAUCGACAGAUUGUCGCAGAUCUGUCAAAAGAUGCUGGGCCAAUUUGUCCACACUCGCAACAUUUCCUAUCUUCUCAACUCGGCCGCUCCUAUCUAUGUCUCUGAGUUCAAAGAGGCUUCCCUGGAGUACAUCUGUCUAAACCUCGAAGCCAUGCUUGCCAACCGGUACCUUGAAGAUCUAGACGAGAACCUUCUGAGAAUGCUUGACAUGGUCUGCCACGAGAACCAACUAGCUUGUUUCCCGAUCUCGCGUGGGCGCAACUCAGAAGACUACGUGUUUGAGAAAUACCCUGAGAUCGUUAGCUUGAUUGAGAUGGACAAGCAGCGACGCAUUGAUGCAAUGGCACUGCAAUCUCGUCUCAGUGAAGUCGAAUCAUAUGACUUCCGACCACGACCACCUGGAAAUGACAGAAUCAACGCAUUGCCAUCAGUGCGCAAGGCCAAGGGCAGCUUCUCAAGGGAUACUGCAAGCUCUGUCAGUAGUCCACUGCUGAAACCGAGACAAUCCACUGCCGACCUCAUGUUCCAGAUGGACGAAGAGGCUACUCUUAUACCCGGUGAUUCUAUCAAGGGUAAAACCGUGAUGCGUGGGGCUGCCAAUGAAAAUCGGUCUUAUCCCGACUCUCCCGCUCUGGGGGCAAGUAAUCCAGAAGCAGAGUCUCUUUGCGACCGAAGCUUCUUGGAUGAACAGAUGUCCUCUCCGCGGGAUGUUUUGCUUUCGCAGUCUCCAACUGAAAUACGAGCAAUCGCAAUGCACCGGAAGCGAGCUAUGGCUUCGCCCCUCGAUUCAGGACCUGUACCAUGGGGUUUCCCUGUCAUCUCAAAUAGCAAGAAAGACCUUAAAGAUAUCAUGGGCGAAACUUCACAGCCCCGUGUGUCCAAUCUCACCCUAGGAAUGGAGGACCGACGGGAAAGCAACGGCAACUUCAACGCCAAACUGUCCCAAAAGGAGCGGAAGAAGAUGCAGCAACAGCAGAUGCAGGAGAAACUCGCCGCACAGCACAAGGCGAAAGAUGGACCGAAGAAUCCCUGGCAGUUGCCACCGCCAACAAUCCCAACGACUCCUGGUAAAGACCCUCUGCCUGGCCAGAAUUGUCCCAGUACACCGCCCUCUGAGCCCUCCAAGGCUGCUCAAAGGCCCGCAAUGACUCUCCGGCAAACCGUUGCUGGAACGCCUCCUCCUCGAUCAAUGCCGAUGGCCACGCCGGUGCACUCCCAGAGCUGCAGCGUUUCGGACAAUAUACAACCCCCUUCCUUCUCCAAGCCUUCUUCCUCAGCCCUUUCAAGUACUCCCUCCGCUCAGACUGUUCCAAAGACAUCGCCACAACCUGCAAUUCAGUCUAUCCGUCAUAUCCCUCGUCCAGAUCCACAUAUGCGGUCUCCGUCCGGUGGCUCGCUCUCUCUCGCAACUAUCCUGCUACAACAACAAUCCGAGAAGGAUGAGAUCCGCGAGGCCGCAACUGCUAAGCACAAUCUGGAAGAGAUCCAAGCUGAGCAGGAGUUCCAGCAAUGGUGGGACCAGGAGAGCAAGCGUGUGCAGGGUCUUCUUGAUCCCGAGCCCAGUCCGCAGCGUGGCGGGAAAGGCGGGCGUGGUGGAAAACUGUCAACCGUAACUGGAAGCUCGCGCAAGCGGGGAGGCAACAAAAGUGCCAGCCCUGACGGUGCUGGCACGCAAGGCCAGAAGCAAACUGUCCCAGGACAAGCACCUACUACAUCAAAAAAGAAUGUGAAUGGAUCGGCCUCGGCUCAUGUUCAAGGCAAUCCUUCUGGGAACCACACUUCUGGUGCGGGAGCUGGGAAGAAUACCCGCCGUGGGGGACAUGGAAGCCAGCGUGGCAAGGGAAGAGACCGUUCAUAG